AUGAAGGUAAUUCAAUUCAUUGUACUUGGAUGGGGUAUUUUUACUCUUAUAGCUGCUGGUUUAUGGAUUGGUGUAGUAUUUGUAGGUCCAAUACGAAAAAUGGAACAAAAUAAUACACUUGCUAAAUCAUCAUUAAACUAUUAUUCAAGAAAUACUUUUGUUGUUGAAACAUGUACUGUUGCAGCAUUAAUGGGAUUAUUAGGUAUAAUAUUGUGUGUAUAUUCAUUAAUACCAAAACCAACAAUGGGAAUAGUUUCUUAUAUUGGACUUGCAUUAGCUGUUAUUUCAGCAUUAGCAACAGUUGGGUAUUUUGGAUAUACAUAUUUCCAUAUGAGGAAUGCAACAAAUGCAUCAAUGAGUAGUUCACUUGCCCUUUGGGAAGAAAAGUUUGGGUGUUGUGGAUGGGAUGUUUAUAGACAAAAACCAUUAUGUGCUUCUGAUGUUGGUAGUUUAAAUCCAAAUAUGACAUGUAAAAUCAAAACACAACCACUUCGUAAUGCUUCACUUCAAAAUUUUGCAGUUGGGUGUUUCUUUAUUGUAGUUCUUUUUGUCAGUGCUGUUAUGAUUGUUAUUCUUCAACAAAAGACAAAAGAUACAACUGGAGGAUAUACACCAGUUUAAUUCAAAUUCUUUAUGAGUUUA